GGCAUAUGUUUUAAAGGCCACCGGUUCAAACUGGUGGCAAUAAUAAAAAAAAAAUCGCCCCUCUAUUUUCUUUCACAUGUCGCCUUCUCUCUCUCUUUCCUCCAUCUCGUGUUCUCUCUCCUCUCUCCUCAACUAGAUCUCCCUCUUCUCUCUCUCUUUCCUCUCUCCACCGUGUCGCCGUCCAUUCCUCCCGCUUCCCUCUAUUCAUGUUCACGGCGCGUCAGUCGGUCGGUCGGUCCUAGCAACGGCGGUAGUGGCGCAAGGAGCUGAUACAAACCCACCUCUCGUCGUUUCCCCCUCGUAAAAUGAUUUUCCCUGAAGAUCCGUGUUUUUGAGCUUUCAAAUUACUGAUGUGUAGUGGAGCGAACUUGGGUACGGGAUUUAACCCGGGUAUUGUGGCCAUGUGAAGGUUGGGUAUGGUGAUGAUUUUGAUGAUGAUGAGGUUUGUUGUGAUGGCUGUGAUGUUUUGGAGCAUGCUGAGUGUGCUGAAAUCUGUGGCAAAAAUCUCAAGGAUUUGGAAGAUGCGGAAUAUUACUGAUUGCAAGCCAAAGUUUGCAUUUGAGCCAUCAUACUCUGUAGCUCUACUUGAAGUCAACCCAAAACAACCUGUGCCAUCCGAUGAGGUAACUAUUGCGUGCAAUGGUAUGGAGGCAUCAUAUAUCCUAAGCCUUCACUUGGUUGUGUGUAAGUGUGGUAAAUGUGAGACAAGGAAGUAGUCAUUAAGUGAAUGGAAAAAGCACACUGGUUGUAGAGCCAAGAAAUGGAAGCAUAGCGUCAAAGUCAAAGGCUCAAUGAUCCCCUUGUAUCAGUGGGAAGAAUUAAUCUAGCCAGAAUUAGAUCAGUUGCUUCGGGAUGAGGAUGAUGAAGUUGGAGGAAGUGGCAAAUAACCAAGCAAAGAAUUCACCAAAUACUACUGUAAGGGCUUACAGUGAAGAAGGUACUGGACAACAUGAUAACGGGCUUAAUGCUGGUUUAGAAUUUGCCUAAAAAUUCAUUUCGUUCAUGCCACUUUGUUUUUCGAGGAAUAUUGUAAUUUUACAGUUUUUUUAUGAAAAAAUGUAAGUUAAUAUAUAUGUAAGUGUUUAUAUAUCAUUUUAAGUGAAAAAAAUGCAAA